AUGGGAACAUUUACACUGAAGUACUUUUUCAAGAAAGCAAUUUGGGAGAAGAAAACACUGUGGGCAUCGGUAGCUGUAAUGGCGUAUCUCGGUUACUGCUUCGAUCGGCAAGGUAUGUAUAAAGCAAGCAUGAUGAAAGGACAAAGCAAGAUGUUUGCAGAUCGAAUUGCUGAAAUACCGGAGGGUGAGGAUAUCUGGAAGUACUAG